CGCGUGACGUCAUCAUUUCCACGCGGUGUUGAAAAUUGAGGAGGUAGGGAUAGUUGCAGCUGUAAAACCAGGUAUAUUUAUUACAAAAUAUUCAAAUUUUCAUCGAAAGAUGGAUCCACAGGCUAACCAGGAAGGUGAAUUGGACAGUUGGGAUCAACAGGAAGACCCUGGGCCCGGAGAUCAAGACGAAAGUCUUCAAUUAAGUGAUCAGUUAACAGGACUUAAUGUGCACGCUACGCCAUUCGUUCCCGGUACUAACAUAAAUGCCCCUGCGUUCGUGCCUUCUUUUGGGUCUAAACAGUCGUCAGGUUCAGGUGGUGAUAAUAAUGAUCAGAACAACCCUAUAAAUGAAAAAGCUGAGCCAUGUGAAACACCUACUAGUCAGGAUGAGUCAAAGUCAACACCAGAAGCUGUAAGCAGUGACAAGUCCGAAAACUCUGCAAACUCUGCAAAUUCUGAAAACUCUGAUAGUUGUUGUUCAACUCCAGAAGAGCCUGUCCAGGAAAAUGGACCUGAUGAGUCAGACAAAGUUGAGGAACAGGAAACUGAGAAGGAAACACCAAAAAUGAUUGCCACAAAGAAAAAAGAAACCAAACAAAAUUUACAGCUUGAAGAAGCAGAAAAAGAAUUUAAAGAAAAUGUCAAUGUUGUUUUCAUAGGCCAUGUUGAUGCUGGGAAGUCUACCAUAGGAGGUCAUAUAAUGUACCUAACUGGACAAGUGGAUAAAAGGACACUAGAAAAAUAUGAAAGAGAAGCUAAGGAAAAGAACAGGGAAAGUUGGUACUUAUCAUGGGCACUAGAUACUAAUACUGAGGAAAGAGACAAAGGAAAAACAGUGGAAGUUGGCAGAGCAUUCUUUGAAACUGAAAAAAAACAUUUUACAAUUUUGGAUGCACCAGGUCAUCGAAGUUUUGUACCUAAUAUGAUCUCCGGUGCUGCCCAGGCUGAUUUAGCAGUUUUAGUGAUAUCAGCUCGUAAAGGUGAAUUUGAAACUGGAUUUGAGCGAGGAGGUCAAACACGAGAGCAUGCCAUGUUGGCCAAGACUGCGGGAGUGAAACAUUUAGUAGUAUUAAUAAAUAAGAUGGAUGACCCAACGGUGGAAUGGUCGGAAGAAAGGUAUGAAGAAUGCCAGUCAAAACUCAUCCCUUUUCUCAAGAAAGUAGGAUUUAAUCCCAAGAAAGAUAUUUACUUUAUACCAGUAUCUGGGAUGACUGGUGAAAAUUUGAAAUGUAGAUCACAAUCUUCUGGCGCCUGGUACAAAGGUCCAGCAUUAAUUCCUUAUUUAGAAAACUUGCCUCCCUUAAAUAGGAGUAGUGACGGUCCUCUUAUAAUGCCUGUAACUGAUAAAUAUAAAGAUAUGGGAACUAUCUUGCUGGGUAAAAUUGAAUCUGGAAGUAUCAGUAAAGGGCAGUCUGUUAUUCUUAUGCCUAAUAAGAUGCCUGUUGAGAUCUUAGCAGUCAUUUCAGAUGACGAUGACGCUACAGUGGCGAACACUGGCGAAAAUGUUAAAAUUAAAGUAAAAGGAGUUGAGGAAGAUGAUGUUUUAUCUGGGUUUGUGUUGUGUGAUCCUGUCAAUAUCUGUCAUACUGGGAGAGUAUUUGAUGCACAAAUUGUUAUUAUAGAAUACAAGUCUAUCAUAUGUCCUGGUUUUAAUGCAGUUAUGCAUAUCCAUACUUGUGUGGAAGAAGUUCAAAUUAAGGCUUUACUAGCUCUCGUGGACAAGAAAAGUGGAACUAGAAGCAAACAAAGACCACGAUUUGUAAAACAAGAUCAAAUUGUAAUAGCAAGAUUAGAAACUUCUGGUGUUAUUUGUAUGGAAACAUUCAAAGACUUUCCUCAGAUGGGAAGAUUUACAUUAAGAGAUGAAGGUAAAACAAUUGCAAUUGGUAAAGUGCUGAAAUUAUUAGAAUAAAUUGGAUCAGAUAUUGAUGUAAGAGAACUCUAAAUCGACUGUAAAACAAGCACAUUGAAAUACAAAAUCACUGCAGCUAUUCUAUACUGAACUGAACAACUUGCAAAUUGUCUCUAAACAUAUAAUGUACGUCGUCAAGAAUCCUAGAACAUUGUCCUGACCUAGUUCAUGGCAAUUUUACUGAACAUUGUGAUGUGACAAGAACAACUUGGCUGACCAGUAAUGUACACCUGGCUAUUAAAGUGAAGAUGCUGGUCGUUAUCAGUUUGCGGAUUCUAUACAAGUCAAUGCUGCUCUGCUCUGUUCUGUGUUAGUAGUCUCUUGUAUGAAGAUUGUGGCAAUGGAUUCCAUAAAGAGUCAUUUGGUUGAACUAAUUGUCAAUAAUACCAGUAUUGUAUGCUACACAAAAUUACAUUUGUUUUUGCCCUGGAUCAAUCAGUAAAAUCAAAUUUUGUGCUCAGUAUUGUAAAACACAUUUGAGCAUCACAUUACAUUAUUUUAGUAUCAUGCUUACAUGUGUGUCCCUUCUAUAAUUGCUUAAUUAAACCACCCAAUAACUACCUUCAUACUACUCAUGUUAAUGUUUAUUUUGCAUUUAAAGCAACAAAAUAUACAAAAAUUGGACUGAACCAAAUAUGUACUUGGCCCACCAGUCAGUGGCAUGUUGCAUUUCAAUGAAUGCCAGUGUAGACCAUAAAGGAAAAGUAGAAUGCACAUGUAGUUCUGACAACACAACACAACACAACAUGAAUAAUGAAUUGUUAGUACUUGUGAUGAAACAAGUUAAAAAUAGAUUGCUUUUAAUUCAUACUCUUGUCCGUUUCACACUAAAAUUUGUUAUAUCAUGUCAGUUUUCACAUAUCUUAUUAAAGUGAGGCCAAUACCAUCUGGAGAUCAUUUUCUACUCCUUGAAUUUAUUCCAAAUAAAAUUUAGAAAAUGGCCCCUUGAAUUUAUAAUUUUGUUUUUUUUAAAAGGAAAUUUAGAUGUUGAUAUACCUUCACAUUCACUGUAUUUGCGUGACUGAGUAGUGGGUACCCAUAUCUGAUCAAGUACUCUCCUGCUUUUCUACAAUUUCUAGAUUUGAGGCCAAGUUUACCGUUUAAGUUUAAGUGCCCUUCCAAAACUCGAUAAAUUUUAUUUUUCUGAACAUUAACAGAUUGCACACGAUAUGUACCAGUGGUUGAUUGUUGACUGUGCUUUGUACUACAUUACCACCAGGGGUUGUAACCUGGAACACUUUUUUUUAGGUACAUUGAUCGGAAAUAUGGCAGUUAAAUUAUAUUACAAGACAGAAUUACAGAGAGUCUUUUUUUUGUUGAACAUGGCAUAUUGAAUGAUUUGCAAUCCAUGGCCAUAUUUCGAACAAACUAUUUCCUGUGAUAUUUGCAGAACUGGAAAUAAUUGUCUUGUAUCUUCCAGAACAUUUUUACAUUUCAGUUGAAUUAGCUGCCAACUGAACUGCCACCAUUUGCUCAAUGAGCAAUAAAUAAAAACAUAAUUUUAAA